AUGGCGACCCCACGCUGUACCACCACUACCUCUCAAGCCCUCUACCGCGUCUUCAUCGCCCCUUACCUCCCCAAACAGCAGCCCCGACCGCGACCCAAACUCCCCUCCACAUACCUCACCAGAUCUCUAACAACCACAUCCCGUCUCCACGCCCUCCACCGCGCAAAGGCCGUCCCAGAGCAGCGCCGCGAACUCUGGAACGAAGAGAUAACCGCCAAAGUAAUCCACCUCAUCGACCCCGCAACCAACACCCUCCUCCCCCGCCCACAAACCCGGUACGACACGCUCCAAACCCUCAACCUCGAAACGCACCGCCUGAUCCAAAUCCCGGGGCAAUUCCACCCAGAAGACAAGCUGCCCAUCUGCAAAAUCGUGUCCAAGGCUGAAGUCUUCGAAGCGAAGCGCCGGGCGCAAGCGGAAGCAAAAGAGAAGAAAAAGUACGAGGGGGCGGCGAAGACGCUGAAAACGCUGGAGUUGAAUUGGGCGAUGGAUGGGAACGAUUUGGGGCACAAGAUGGGGAAGGUGAGGGAGUUUUUGACCGAAGGGCGCAAGGUGGAGGUUGUGCUUGCUGCUAAGAAGAGGGGGCGGAAGGCGAGUUUGGAGGAGUGUGAGGGGGUGUUGAAGAGGAUACGGGAGACGGUGGAGGAGGUGAGUGGGGCGCGGGAGGCGAGGGAGAUGGAGGGCAAGGUGGGUGGGUUUGCGAAGUUGUUGUUUCAUGGGAGGCCGUUGCACAGGCCUUCAGCUGCGGCGGCGGCGACGGAGUAA